AUUGCGAUUCAGCAUUCGUUCGAAGCGGUUGUGGAUGCGCUUGCGAGCCGCGUUAUAUUUUGUGAAUGGAGUGCAAUCAAAUCCCAGACAGUUAAAUCUAAACAACCGUUACAAGUGUUUGGGACAUGCAAAAAAUUACAAAAUAAUAAUAAUAAUAAUAAUAAAAAGAACACUUAAUCUUCACUUCAAGUGCAUUCUAGUGUAAAAACUUAUUCUGGAAUUACUAAUAAACAUUCAAGUGCACAUGCAUCAGUGUGUUUGGCUUGUUUGGCAAUCCGAUCGAAUUGCAAAUCUGAAUGUUAAUGCUAAUGUUAAGUCAACAGUGCAAUUACAUGAACAAUGCUUGAAUAAUUAAAUGUGAUCGGGCACUUAAAACAUUAUGUCGAUAGAAAGCCCGUUGGAGCGAAAAGUUAACUUUUUUCAUGAGACUGCAACAACUAAAAGUUUAUUUAUAUUUAAAAACAACAACAUCGUCCAGAACAAUAAUUUAACCGAUAAACUGUGCAGCAACACAAAAAAUAAUAACAAAAGCAACAUCAACAGCAACGGCUUCAACACACUGCAUACGCAGUGCACUACUGUAUCAGCAACAAAUAUUAAAGCUAGAUUUAGACAAACAGGGCAGAAGCUUCAGCUGCCGCUGCUGCAGCAAGAAGAACAAGAGCGCUUGAGGGACAGCGUAAGCAGCCAAUUAGCGCAGCUGCUACCGCUUAAGCAGGAGCAGGAACUGCGGGUGAUCACGACGCCGACCGCAAUGCCCGAGGUGCUCGCCGGUACACCCACACAAUCGCAGAAUAAAGCAUCUGCUGUCGCAGCAUCCGUAUCCGUAUCCAUGAUGAGCAGUGUGCGCUUGGCAACCAUUUCACCCAGUCUGUCCAUGAACGGCAGUUCCAACGAGGCCACAAAUUUGCAUCCCCUGUCCAUGUACGGCGGCUCAAUAAGCCCACAGUCAAACGAUAGCGGCAUGUCGGACGGCCACUCGCACAGCCUGAGCAAGUUUGUGCCGGGCAACGGUUACGCGGACAGCCAUGGCCACAGUUUGAUGAGUAAAUCGGCCGGACAGAGCAGCGCCGUGGGUGAGGCACAAUCCACACUGACGGCCGCCCAGAAGGAGCUCUUCUCGCAGCGCAAACAGCGCGAGUUUACGCCCGAUAACAAGAAGGAUGAAAGCUACUGGGACCGGCGGCGACGCAACAAUGAGGCGGCCAAACGAAGUCGCGAGAAGCGGCGCUACAACGACAUGGUCCUGGAGCAGCGUGUUAUUGAGUUAACCAAAGAGAAUCAUGUGCUGAAGGCGCAGCUGGACGCUAUUCGCGAUAAGUUUAAUAUCUCGGGCGAGAAUCUGGUGAGCGUGGAGAAAAUUCUCGCCUCUUUGCCCACCAGCGAGCAGGUGCUCAGCAAUACGAAGCGCGCCAAGAUGAGCAGCAGCAGCAACUCUUGCUCCUCUUCAUCUUCGGGCUCCUCGCCGGCUGGUGCCGGCUGCAGCUCACCGACCGCGCACACACACAGCGGCUACAUUAGCUCCAAUGCACCCUUGCUCUCGCCCAUCGUGUACGGACCGAGCGGCAAUUCUGCCAGCGAGUCAUUGACAUCAUCAUCAUCGUCCAACAAGAAUGGCCAGCAUCAUCUGGGGCAGCAUGGACCACCACCACCACCGCCGCCGCCCCAUCCCCAAUCCCAUCCGCAUUCGCAUUCACAUCCGUACCACCAGCUGCAACAGCCAGCCCAUCAUCAGCAAGUGCAGGACGCUGCUCCAGCCUCAGCCUCAAUGGAUGGACACAACCGGCCGCCAAGCAACGCCAUCGCCAAUCUGCAUGUGCUGCAACAAGCGCUGCACCGCAACGUGAGACCCCAGGAUUUGGACAGUCUGCGCAAAGUUGUGGCCGUUGGAGCGCUAUACAACGCGGCGACUGUAGGCGCGGCAUCGCCAGCCGGCGCGACGAUAUAUACACCUGCACCAGUGAAUGCCAAUGCCAGCGCAAGUUCACCCACAGCCGGAUACGUUGCCAUCAGCAAAGAUCAGCUGGAAGCUAGCUAUGUGGAGGGUGCCGUCAGCAGCAGUGCGGUGGAUACAGUGAGCAGCACCUGCUCCGCGGUCGUCAGCUCGGCUGCGGCCAGCGUGCUGAAUCUGUCGAGACGUGCCUGUUCGCCCAGCUACGAUCACAUGCUGUCCUCGACCACAUGCCUGACGUCCCAUCGCUCGUCGGCGUCUUCGUGCGCCUCGUCGUCAGGCGCCGUUUCCGGCGAUGAUGAGCAGGAGCAUGAUGUUGCCGAUGUGGCUGCUCGCUCGCAGGAUUCGCAUGCGCUGGCCUGCAUGCAGCGCAGCAGUCCAGCACAUGGCAGCGAAGCCAACAACUGUCUGCCAUUGAAGCUGCGCCACAAGUCGCAUCUGGGCGAUAAGGAUGCGGCCGCAACGGCCCUGCUAUCGCUGCAGCACAUCAAGCAGGAGCCCAACUGCAAUCGCUCCUCGCCGCCCGCAUGGAACGAUGGCGGCGACAAUUCCAGCGACGAGCGCGACUCGGGCAUUUCGAUUGCCAGCGCCGAAUGGACGGCACAGUUUCAGCGCAAGCUGCUGGCGCCCAAAGAUGCUGUCGUAUCGGUUGCUGUUGUCGCCAACGUGGAUCGCGAUCAAAUGCUCAAAAGCCAAUUGGAGCGACUCGAAUCGGAGGUGGCCAGCAUCAAGAGCAUGAUGAUCCUGGCCGAUUAGAUUGACAGGCGCAAGGGGAGAGAGAGCGAAGAGACAGACACAAAACAUGUAAAGAAGGCAAACAAUUUGUUUUGAUAUAUAAGUAUAUUUUGACGCCGAUGUUGCUAUGGCCAGACGUAUGAGGCGUUCUCUGAGCAAGCAGAUGCUGCUGAUCCCUAAAUGUGCACACCCAUCCCAUGUCCAGGGGCAGCUGAGGGAAGGCCGCUGUGCUUUCAGAUUUGUUGCCAUUGGGUAUUUCUGUGUAGAGUUUCGAUAAAUAUGGAUAUGCGAUUAACUACUUAUAUAGAUCUCGUUUAAUUAGGAGCGCAAAUAAUUGGCCGCCGCCGCACUUCAAAAUCAACUAGCUGGUUUUUUUUUCUUUUUAGUUUUCUUCGAUUGUCCCAAAUACAUCAUAGUAUGCAUGUAUGUACAGUGUGUGUGUACAUCAAUGAACACUUUUUGGAGCUGAAAACGUAAAGAAAUGAAGAAAAAAAAAAAACUAUAUACUAUGCUUUAACCGAUUACUCAUUGUUGUUCUCUAAAUGUAUAUUUAUGUAUAAUUUAAUCAAAACAAUCCUAAGUAUUUACUGUUGUACAUUAAACAUAAGUUAAAAUAGGUUCUAAUAUUGUAUGUAUGCAACUAGUUUUCAGCUCGUUAAAUUUCCAUUUUCAUCAGCUGUGUAAAAAUAUUCCUAAAUUAUCAUUGUACAUAUACGCAUGGCAAUAUAUUUAGGCAGAAAUAAUUAAAUAUAUUAUUAUAAGAGUAGGAUAGCAGCAUUAAGUAUAAUUGCAAAAGCAAAGCUUAUUUAUUAUUACCAUAUCACAAAGCAAAUACGAUAAACAAUUAGUUAAGUUAAGUAAUUGAACCAUUAACAAUUUCCAACAGGCGUCCAAUACUAGAAGUUUUCAAAAUAUGUGUAUAGCUGGUUAGCUAUGAAAAGGCUUUCCAUACAGGAAAUGAUUAAAAUUUCAACAAUAAUCUGCAUAUAUCGAUGUUUAAACUAUUUUGGAUUUUAUAGUGUAUGUACGGAUUCGGAUUUAUAAAAUCGGAUCCAAGAUAAAGCAUGCCAAGGCCGUGUUUGCAUUGCAUUGUUUUAUGUGCUUUGCUUGACAUUAACAUUUGCCGAGGGCAACAUUUAGUUAAUAAGUAUAUAUAAGUUCUAUUACCGAUAAUUCUAUAUCCUAAUAAUUAUUUAUACCUAUUGUUAACCCAACUCGUUUGUAAACAUAUAUAUAUAUAUAUAUAUAUCUAUUUGAUUGUCACACCUUGCAUAAUAAAGGUGUGACAUUCCAUAAAUAUAUAAAUAAAUAAAAAAAACAUGCAUUGCGAUUACACGUAUUCAAUAUUGAUCUAUGCAAAUAAAA